CGAGCCAAGGAAAAGUGUCCCUCUCUGUGCACAGCUGCAUCACAUUUCUGUUCUUGCUCAGUAUCACUAUCAUUUAUUUUAUAUUUCCAUCAUGGACUGUGCCUUUGCCAAUCUAGAUGCUGCUGGUUUUCUACAAAUCUGGCAACACUUUGAUGCUGAUGAUAAUGGCUACAUUGAAGGGAAAGAGUUGGAUGACUUUUUCCGUCACAUGCUGGAAAAAUUAGGGCCAAAGGAUAAGAUUACAGGGGAGAGAGUACAGCAGAUAAAGAAGAGCUUUAUGUCUACCUAUGAUCUCACAUCUGAUGGACGCUUGGCGAUCCACGAACUAGCCAACAUGAUCCUGCCACAGGAUGAGAACUUCCUUCUUAUCUUCCGUAGAGAGGCUCCGUUGGAUAACAGUGUGGAGUUCAUGAAGAUCUGGAGGAAUUAUGAUGCUGACAGCAGUGGUUACAUAUCAGCCGUGGAGCUCAAGGGAUUCUUGAAGGACUUGUUUCAGCACCACAAAAAGAAUAUUCCCUCCAGGAAGUUGGAUGAAUACACAAAUACCAUGAUGAGCAUUUUUGACAAAAACAAAGAUGGGAGACUGGAUCUUAAUGAUCUAGCCAGAAUUCUGGCUCUGCAAGACAACUUCCUGUUGCAGUUCAAAAUGGAUGCCAGCAGUCAAGAUGAGAGAAAGAGAGACUUUGAGAAGAUCUUUGCACAUUAUGAUGUUAGUAAGACUGGAGCACUUGAAGGACCAGAGGUGGACGGUUUUGUCAAAGACAUGAUGGAGCUUGUCAGGCCCAGUAUCAGAGGAGUUGAUCUGGAUAAAUUGCGUGAGGUUCUGCUGCGCCACUGUGAUGUGAAUAAAGACGGGAAGAUUCAGAAGAGUGAGCUGGCUCUGUGUUUGGGAGUAAAGCUUAAAUCACUUGCACAAUGAAGUUCUCAAUUUUACUAUCAGUAACUACAUUUUAAAGCUGAAUGUGGAAGGUGAAAAGAUUACAUAUUAUCUGUGAACUGCUUGUUUCUCUGUUUUAAAAAAUUAUUCUGUUAUUUAAAAAGUUAAUCUGAAAUUCAUUUAUGGAAAUGUAAUAACUUUAAUGCCCUACUUUUGCAACAAUAAAAGUUAUAUCUGGUAAGCAUGUAAAGCCAAAAUAGUGAGGACUUAAAUAUAUAAUAUAGUGUAUCUGCUCCUCAUGAAGGACAUUAAAGGAUUUAGUUGCAUGUCUUGCCUUUACAAUAAAUCAAUCAAUAAAUAAACCGCUUUCUCAGAAAAUGGUCAGUUUAUUCACUUUGAUGAAAAAAACAACAACAACAUUAUACAGUACUUUGUUAUUCUAAUUAGUCGAAUUAAAAUGUUCUAAUAGAUGAACAGAAUGUUCUGAUGAAGUGUAAAAACGUCACUGAAAGACCACAAACGCACACACCAGCUGUCACUUUGUAAAAGUGGUGUGUAUCACAAUACUGUUAGUGUAUACUUAUGGCUCUGAAAUAUUUAUAUUCAUUGCUGCUGUUUAUUUUACAGUCCUGCCAUUGGCAAACAUAUGCUCAAGUGCUUUGUUUAGUUGUUUUGCAUACAAAUAAGUUUUUGUCUUUUUUUUCUUUCCCCUAUGUAUGUUCAUGUUUAACAUGAUUUUAAGUGACAAAGACCAAAAUAUGGCAGUUUUAUUUCUUACUGCA